UGUAUGAGUAAAGAGAUGAACGCAUCUGCUGUGCACUGAUGUAUGUUAAUGUUUUAACUUUGAUGCCUGGUUGUUACAGACUUUUCCACUGGACAUGGCUGCACAAUCUGUUGAUGACAUGUACCAAGGCUGUAGUGACAGAAUGAACGCAAAGGCAAAUAUGUACCUGCUGAAUGAGACAAACAUGGACAUGAACUAUAAAAUGGCCUGGCAGAUAUCUGAAAAAGCCUACUGGAAUAAAUAUAAACUGAUAAAACCACUGGAAAAAGAUCUAUUCAAGGCAAUUUAUGUUUACACUCUCAACAAACCAGCAAUCUAUCCUGACCUGAACAAUGCAGUUCGAUCCCAGAAAUCCCAGUAUAAGACCUCAUUCAGGUACCAUGCACUUCACUUCUUCCUGACCAGAGCCAUCCAAACUCUCAAAGCUGGGAAGCCUAAAGGAAAAUGUCUGACCAGCUAUCGUAGGACCAGUGUUUACUUCAGUCAAGUUUUUGUCCAGAAGGAGUUUCGCUUUGGCUCCUUCACGUCCAGCUCACGGGGAGAUUAUCUUGGAGCCCACUUUGGGGGCAAGUCAUGCUUUAAGAUUGUCACAUGCUUUGGAGCAGACAUCCAGCGUUAUUCUGUGUAUGGAGACGAAAGAGAGGUUCUUAUUCCUCCUUAUGAGGUAUUUAAAGUCACUAAAAUAAUUACGGGAACCAAACUAAACAGACAAAAAAGUUGUAACGUGAUCUAUGAAGUGCAGAGUGCAGGUACAUCCUCCAAUUUGAACUGUGCUCUUUUUCAUAAAUGA